GUCACCCUAUCACAAAUAUGCCGCAGUUCAUAUCAAAAUCCAUUCGCUUUCCCCGGAGGUGAUAUACCCGAAGAUUUACGCCGCAAAUUUGAUCAAUGGUGGUCAAAUCAACUCUCACCCCAAGCAUCGAUGACCCCCAAACUGUUACCCUUUAUGGGUGCCCCACCGGCUGGGGUUAACAAUGAUAUCGAACAUAACAUGGGUACUGCAGCGCUGGCCGCAGCAGCAGCUGCCGCCGCUGCGGCACAAGCUGGUCUUCAUGCCGCCUCAACGGCGGGCAGUAAUAUACCCACUAGCAUUAGUGCAUCACGUGAAUCAUUGUUGCUGAACGAUUCCAAUAGUCAUCACACAUCCGGUGUUAUGCCCGGCACCCCGACAUCACAUCAUACCAAUAUGAUGGUACAUCCUGCCAUGCAUGCCAGCAUGCAUCAUCAUGCCAGUUUAUCACAUUCGCAAUUUUCUAAUCAAAAGACACGUAUGCGCACAAGUUUUGAUCCCGAAAUGGAAUUGCCGCGCUUACAGAAAUGGUUUCAGGAAAAUCCCCAUCCAUCAAGGCAGCAGAUACAGGCCUAUGUGGUGCAACUGAAUGCCUUGGAAUCGCGUCGUGGUCGCAAGCCAUUGGAUGUCAAUAAUGUCGUCUACUGGUUUAAGAAUGCCCGGGCCGCCCAGAAACGUGCUGAAAUGCGUGGUGGUUUCGGUGCCAUGCAGGCAGCCAUGAAUGGUUAUUUGGGUCAACACAGUCAAUUGGGUCAGACAUCGGGUGGCAGCAGCACCGGCAGCAUGAGUAGUCAACAGCAAAUUAUGGGUUCCAGCAUGGGUAACCUCUCGCUAUCCAAUGAUUUUAUGAAGAGUCCUCUGAGCUUGAAAUCGGAGGAUAUUGAUACCAUGUCCCAGCAUUCGGAUGAUCUGGAUGAUGAUCAAAGUCGUCCAAAUUCUCCACAAUUGCCACUAUCACUAACCAUACAUGAACGUCAUCAAACUGACAGUGACCAGGCGAAUGACAACAAGGUGGGGCUAAAUGACCAUAUAUCUUCCAUGGCCACGGAGGUGGAUGAAAAACCGGAAAAUCUCAGUGAAUCACAAAAUGAACGCUCACAAUCACGAUCCUAUGAAGAGCGUGAGAAGUAUGACUCCAAUAAUUUAACUAAAGAGGAACAUCACACCGAAGAAGGUGGUAAUGCGAGCGGAGAACCCGCACACCACAACAAUGGCGAUGGUGAGGAUCAACAACGCAAUGAGAGUGAAACCAACAACAAUUCUUCCAAUUCGCUGAACAACAACAACAGCAGCAGUGGUGGUUGUGGUAGCAAUAAUACAACCAGCAACAACAACAACAAUCAGUCAUUGGAUAAUUCCCAUAACAAUUCACGGCCAUCGUCACCAAAACCCACAUCAUCAAAGGAGGACGAUGAAGAUCUCGAUAUGGAUGAUGAUGACGACGAUGAUGAUAACGAUGCCAGCCGUUUACAUGAUUUUCGUUCACCCUCACCGGAUAUGAAUAAUGCCAUGAUGGCCGCGGCAGCAGCACAACGUAAAGAUUUACCAUUCCCCAUGGUGCCAAAUAAUAUGUUCUCCCAGUCGUUUAUGUAUAUGAGUCAUUAUAUGCCAGGAUUUGGUCAAGCUGCGGCAGCGGCGGCUGCCGGGCAUCCUCAUGCUGCUGCGGCACAUCAUGCCGCUGCGGCGGCAGCUGCAGCAGGAAUGCAAGCAAACUCAUUAAUGCCUGGUGGUGGCCUCAACUUAUCGAAUAUUUCAAGUGAGGAGCGUCGUAAACGGAAUCGUACAUUUAUCGAUCCCGUUACUGAGGUGCCAAAGCUGGAACAAUGGUUCGCCAUGAACACACACCCAUCGCACAGCCUGAUUUUAAAAUAUACCGAAGAUUUGAAUACGAUGCCCUAUAGACAAAAGUUUCCCCGCUUGGAAAGUAAAAAUGUACAAUUCUGGUUCAAAAAUCGUCGGGCCAAAUGCAAACGUCUAAAGAUGUCGCUGUACGAUCCCAAUCAAUGUUCCCAGCUGGCGGGUUUGAAUUCCUUUGUACAUAAAUAUGAGGAACGUGAUUAAAAAAUAAUA